AAGAUACCAGUAACACAGGCAGAUAGCGAUGUACACUGGAAGAACAGAGGCUUCAGGGUAAAGAGUAUGAACAGCUCAACAGAGCAGGUCUGCUGGGGGUGUCGUUCUUCAUCAGAGCGCUGAAGCUUUGGAUACUGUCCACCCAUCAUCGAUUUACAAAAUGUCUGACUUUGAGGAUUUCAGCAAGCCUGGAGGGCAGGUGAAUGUGUCUGAAAACUACCAGCUGAAUCCCACCAGUGUAAUUGUUUCAGUGGUCUUCUCACUCAUCUUCCUGCUGGGUACCAUUGGAAACAGCCUGGUGCUCGCAGUGCUGCUGCGGAGCGGACAGGUCGGAUACAACACAACCAACCUGUUCAUACUUAAUCUGAGCGUGGCUGACUUCUUCUUCAUCAUCUUCUGCGUUCCUUUCCAAGCCACUAUCUACUCUUUAGAGGGCUGGGUUUUUGGCUCCUUCAUGUGCAAAGUGGUCCACUUCUUCAUCAACCUCACUAUGUACGCCAGCAGCUUCACACUCGCUGCUGUCUCUGUUGACAGGUAUUUGGCCAUUCGCUACCCACUGCGUUCAAGAGAGCUACGAACCCCUUGUAAUGCAGUUGUUGCCAUGGUGAUCAUCUGGGGUCUUUCUCUGGUCUUUGCGGGUCCAUAUCUCAGCUACUAUGACCUGAUUGAUUAUGCCAACAGCACUGUGUGUAUCCCCGGCUGGGAGGAGGAGGACCGUAAAGUGCUGGACACAUGCACCUUCCUGUUUGGCUAUGUCAUCCCCGUGCUAAUUGUCAGCCUGUCGUACACUCGAACCAUCAAGUACUUGUGGACAGCUGUCGACCCUCUGGACGGCAUGUCAGAAUCCAAGAGGGCCAAGCGCAAAGUCACCAAAAUGAUCAUCAUUGUAACUGUGCUCUUCUGCAUCUGCUGGCUGCCGUACCAUGUGGUGAUCCUGUGCUACCUGUACGGAGACUUCCCUUUUAAUCAGACCACCUACGCUUUUAGGCUUCUCUCUCACUGCAUGGCCUAUGCCAACUCAUGUGUCAACCCCAUCGUAUAUGCUCUGGUGUCCAAGCACUUUCGGAAGGGUUUCAAGAAGGUGUUCAGCUGCAUCCUUAGUAAAAAUGGGAGGAAUAAGGUUCAUGUGGUUCAUAUAGCCAACACUGUGCCUGGAUUUGAAGCAGGCUCCACAGAGGUGUCACAGAUGAACGAGGAGAACCUACGACAGAAUGAAUGUGAAAUGAUAAACAGGCCGAUUGCAGAGCCAAGAGAAGCCACAGUGACUCUGAAUUUGCCCUUUCAGCGGCAGACUUGACAAAUGAUUCAGCUUUGCUGACAGUCCCUGAACUAACAGCCUUAUGUAAGAGACAUUAGAGCUAAAAUUUUAAGAGCUAUGUAAACUUCUCAUUGUGAUAUUUGCAUUGUUGGUGGCAAACAGGAGUGGAGAUACAGAGAUAAAUACAGAGUAUUAACUCCGCUGACAAAGUGUUUUGUGUCAAUAUGCUUGGAUCCAAUACUACUUCCCAUAAUGUUCCACUAACAAAAACA